AUGUCUGGCCGCUUCGUCAGGGCCUCAAAGUACCGGCACGUCUUUGGACGGUCGACGAAGAAGGAACAAUGCUACGAUAACCUGCGCAUCUCCAAGAACGCCUGGGAUACAAACCUGACCAAGGCGAAUCCACAAUACAUCUCCGUCAAUUGGGAAGCCAGCGGUGGAGGCGCAUUCGCCGUCAUACCCAUCAACGAGCGCGGACGAUUACCUGAGCAGAUACCACUGUUCCGCGGCCACACUGCAGCAGUCCUUGACACUGACUGGAGUCCAUUCGACGACUCGCUGGUAGCUUCUGGCUCCGACGAUGGCAAGGUCUUCAUAUGGAAAGUGCCGGAUGGGUUCACGCUAUACACCGAUGCCGAGGAGCCUACAGACGUAGCGCCCGUCUCAAGGCUGACCGGACAUUCGAGGAAAGUGGGCCAUGUGCUGUUCAAUCCAGCCGCGGAGAAUAUCCUCGCCAGCUCGUCCGGCGACUACACGAUUAAGCUGUGGGAUGUCGAGACAGGCUCCUCGAAGCUGCAGCUCAGACACGCGGACAUUGUGCAGUCUCUUUCAUGGAAUGCUACAGGAACGCAGCUAGUCACCACCUGCCGAGACAAGAAGCUCCGCGUGUGGGACGUCAGGCAAGAGAAGCCGGCGCAUGAGGUGCCGGGACACUCGGGUGCAAAGAACAGCCGUGCAGUAUGGAUGGGCGAGCAUGAUAAGAUAGCUACAACCGGGUUCUCGAGGAUGAGCGAUCGGCAACUUGGUCUCUGGGACGCGCGAUCACCGAAGGAACCGAUUGGCGGCUUCACCAUCCUCGAUCAAAUCUCUGGCGUCUGUAUGCCUUUCUGGGACGACGGCACGCAAAUGCUGUACCUCGCCGGCAAAGGUGACGGCAACAUCCGCUACUACGAAUUCUCACAGGACAAGUUUGAGUACCUCUCAGAAUACAAAUCCGCCGAUCCACAGCGCGGCAUCGCCUUCCUGCCAAAACGCGGUGUGAACGUGCACGACAACGAAGUCAUGCGCUGCUUCAAGACCGUCAAUGACACCUUCAUUGAGCCCAUCUCCUUCAUCGUCCCACGGCGCGCCGAGGUUUUCCAAGAGGACAUAUACCCACCGACGACAGGCACCACGCCUGCUGUGAGCGCCGCGGAGUGGUUCGAUGGCAAAGACGGAUAUCCGCCGAAGAUCUCGCUCGAGAGUGUCUAUGAGGGGGAGGAGCCGGUGGAAGUAGCGGUGGACAGGAAAGAGACAGCACAGCCUGAACCGGCAGUGCCUGAACCGGAACCGGAGCCAGUCAAGCUAGCCGCGGCCCCUGUACCUUCGCCCGCACCGGCGCAGGCAUCAGCUUCAAGAGGUCCACCACCCUCAGUGAAAGACAACAAAGCCUCCCUCUCAUCCAUGGCCUCUAAAUUCGCCGACGAGGACGAGGACUCUUCCGAAUCCGAGACCUCAUCCUUCGAGGAAAUCCCUAAGCCUGUUGAACGACCCCUCGCAGGCCGCAUGGAACAAAAGACCAGAGGACCCGAGAUGGCCAGAGCGUCUACCACAGACGCAUCUACCGACCGAACAACAAGUCCAACACUAGCCAAGAGGAUGGAAGAGAAGACAAUGGGACCAGCUAUCUCGACCGCGCUCCAGCCAUCCGCAAAAAUCGACCCCGAACCCUCGUCUCCACCCGCGGACAUCAAACCAACUCCCUCCAUAUCCCACGCGCCAACUUCGUCGGUCUCUUCGAUAGCUAACGGAUCAGCGUCAACAGGCGCGCGCUCUGCAAGCGGCGCUGCGGCAGGCGCAGCAGCCGGCCUAAAAGACUACCUCCAGGAUAUCAAGAACAUGCUCGAAGCCCAGAACAAGACCAUGUCGGGUCAGAGCGAGCAGAUUGCGCAGCUGACGGCUGAGGUCGGGGUGUUGAAGACUCAGCUCAGAGGCUCUCGAGAGGGGGGAAGUGAGAAGGAUGAGAGGAUUCGGCAGCUGGAGUUGGAGCUUGAGGAGGCGAGGUCGUAG